CUGAGCUCGAGCCUCGCCUCUCACAACCCAAAGCCAAUACCCGCUGCUCGGCUUGACUUGAGCUCACGAACAACGACCCAAGACAUUCUUGAAGAUCUGUGGUGUAUGUCUUCUACAGAUCCCACAGAUCACUUUUCCGGCCUAUCUGGUGCCCCCCAGAAUGACACCGCCGCCGCCACGGUGACGAGCGCCGAGACCGCGGGGUCGAAGGCUGAAACGAAGCUGCCCAAGCUUGACAACCAUGUCGAAGACAGCCAGCCCGUGCUCUCAGCGAAAGCGGCAGGCAAACAACAAGCGACGGAAGAUUUGAUCGACUUUGGCGACGACGCCCCGGUCACAUCAACCAGUGCGAAAGAGGGCACCAAAGAGAAUGAUGAACCUUUUCAAAAUUCACCCAAGACUGCAUCCAAACCCUCUCCAGUGAGCAUCCCGGAACCGAUGACUUCAUCGACAGCUACCUUGAAGCCCACGAGCCCUCUUCCUGCCGAGACUGCCACGCAGUAUCUCACCAUCGAGUCCACGACAUACGUCGACCCUACACCUCCAACUCCGAGGACAUCUCAGCCUCCCUCUCGAACCCCCUCAAACGCCAAACGCCGCCCCUCCUCCGGUUCCCCUACAAGAUCUGAUGCUGGCUAUGACGAGCGCAGAUAUGCAAGCGAAGAUGAGCAAGAGAAUGGGUCGCGCUCCGAAAUUCAGAGCAUUAUGGAGCAGUUCACCGGCGACGGUGGGGGCCCCGGAGCCGAAGAAGUCAUGAGCCCAAGGCUGGAAAUUGCUUCGCCCAUGCUAGGUAGCCCUGGCAUACAGCAUCCACCCCGGAAGUCCAGCCUCGAGCCACUGGUCCCUUCACUAUCCCACCAAGUGCAGGAACUUCAAGGUCUCAGAAUACACUCGGCUUCUCCAGCCAGUAUGCUCUCCAGAGAAAGAGCACCUGACGAUCAAGGGCCGCCAGUGCCCCCAAAAGACGGACCACCCGCGACACCUGCGCGGUCUCAAGAUGAUCGGCAAAUGAGCAUCGACUCCCAGCUGUCUCCUGGCAUACCCAUACAUCGGCCGCCACCCCCUGAACCCGAACCAGAGCCAGCGCUUCCAUUCGACUUCCAUCGAUUUUUAGAGCAACUACGAAACAAGAAAGCGGACCCAGUCGCUAGAUACCUCAAGUCGUUUUUGUCAGAGUUUGGCAAGCGGCAGUGGAUGGUGCACGAGCAAGUCAAAAUCAUUAGCGACUUCCUCGCCUUCAUCGCCAACAAGAUGGCGCAGUGCGAGGUGUGGCGAGAUGUCUCCGACGCAGAGUUCGACAACGCUCGCGAGGGCAUGGAGAAGCUUGUCAUGAACAGGCUCUAUACGCAAACAUUUUCGCCAGCGAUCCCUCCCCCACAACCUAUCCCCGGAGCAAAGCCAAAAAGACGUGGCGGAGAGCGACCGAUGGGGCCUGGCAGGCGUGGCCAGCAUCAAGAGGACGUGGAACGAGACGAUAUCUUGACACAGAAGAUCAACAUUUAUGCUUGGCUUCGAGAGGAGCAUCUUGACAUACCACCGACUGGUGAUAGUGGCAAACGAUUCCUGAAGCUCGCCCAGCAAGAAAUUCUUAAGAUCAAGUCCUACCGAGCGCCGCGGGACAAGAUCAUUUGCGUACUAAACUGCUGCAAAGUAAUCUUCGGCCUGCUCAAGCACUCAAAGUCGGACUCCUCAGCCGACUCUUUUAUGCCCCUCCUAAUUUACGUGGUCCUCCAAGCCAACCCAGAACACUUGGUGUCAAACGUACAGUACAUAUUGCGGUUCCGAAACCAGGAGAAGCUGGGCGGCGAGGCCGGAUACUACCUUUCCUCGUUGAUGGGCGCCAUUCAGUUUAUCGAGAACAUGGAUCGGACGACCCUGACUAUUACGGAUGAAGAGUUCGAGAAAAACGUCGAAGCAGCCGUGUCUGCGAUUGCCGAAAAACACCGCCUUGACUCCCCCGCAGUUGCGCAAGAACCGGUCUUUUCGGAAAAGUCAUCCACUGGGUACCAGACCGGGGAAUCUUCGACAAGGCCUUCCCUAGACAUCAUGGGAGAGUCAUCCACACCACGUCGGUCGACUUCAUCGAAUGAGGGCGGAAAAGAUCCAGACGAUCAAGCUCCCAUCACCGGACUUCUCCGCUCCAUUCAGAAGCCUCUGAGCUCAAUCGGCCGCAUGUUCUCAGACGAGCCCUCUCCUGCACCACUUGUGCCCAGCAACACAUCGAGGCCACGAGACUCCUCCGAGCGACUCUCGCCUAGACCAAGCACCGAAAUAUCACCCGAUGGACAGCAGCCAUCGUCUCGUCACCAUCUAUCGGCGGAAGAAGCUGCAGCAAGGCAGGCAAGCGCUGAAGUUGCUGAAGCUCAACGUCUGAGCAGGGUAGAGCACAACAACGUUGUCGAGACCCUUGCAGGGAUGUUCCCCGAUCUAGACAGGGAGAUCAUUUCGGACGUGGUACACCAGAAACAGGGAAGAGUUGGACAGGCCGUUGAUGCCUGCUUGGCCCUGUCUAGUUGA